ACAGGAGCCAGGCAGGUGCUGCCACAUCAUGGGAUCAGAAAGAAGGGCCCAGAUGGGCUCCAGAAAUAGUCUGGAGAUCUGAUGACUUUUACAGACUGCAGGACCUCGCUGUAUCUGUAUUUUAUGGCAGUCAGUUGAUAACAGAUACUGGUAAUUUCCUCAGUUCUGUCUUGCAGAUUUUUUUUUUUUUUUGUCUCAAGCGAAGUUUGUGGCAAUGAGACACCCCCUGAAAGACCAGAAGGAGUUAUAAAAGUGAAUUCUAGGUUGUGUGUAAAUGGCAGCUUUCAGAAUAAAAACCACAGCAGCUCCUUUUUCAAAUUAAAUGUGCAGAAUGUCCUUCAGUGUCCAAACCAUGAACCAAAGGGGUUUUCUCAGGGUUGGGUUUUUUUCUGUUUAAGAACAAAACCCAGUUUUAUUAAACAAGCCUGGGCUAACGGUUACAAAAUUAAUACAGGGCAGCACUUUGAGGCAAAAAAAGGGUGAAAUGGGUGUUGGAAAUUGUGUCAUUUCCUGCUAUCCUGACAUGGCAAAGGGCAGGGACUGUGUGGUGAAAGGUCCUUUUCAUGCCACGGGGAGAAAGCUGUCAUGCAAGUCAGCACAAAGAGCCAGUAUGUGCUCAGAGCUCUGGAGCCAAAAAGGUUUUUACUUAGAGCAUUUCCCUACUGUCUGGACAUGAGUGAAACCCAGGCACCCCCUCCCAUGCAGAUGUUUUACAGCAACACCAAACUGAGCUCUCUGGGGUUUAUGCUGGCACAUUUAAAAUUCCCAGGUUUGAGUGAGCUGCCUGCAAGUCUUGGAGGAGGCAUAGAAGGAAUCAGAAGGAUUUGCAUAUUUACUAAAAUCUCAGAAAACAAACUCAUUGCUACACACAAAAACUAGUCUGGGUUAAUUUUUUUCCCCCUCAGCUUUUAGAGUUUUGAUUUGCUGAGCUUUGGGUGGGUGAGAAACUUUUUGAUUUGUAACUGUGCUGAUAAAACAAAUAAAACUUCUUGAGCAAAUACAGCUCCACAAUGUGCUUUUGCAAGGUAGAGCUGACCCAGGCUUUUGUAAUACUCCCUUGGUUCUCACUGUGUAUUUAGGGGGGUUGUGAGGGCUGUAAAUCAUCCCUGAGCACACUUUGCAGUCCUGUACAGGUGGGUGAGAUUGGAAAUCUGCAAGGUAGGGGUGAGGGUCUCCUCCAGGUGUGAUCCCUGUAUCAUCCUCAGCAUUCCCCUUCUUGCAGUGCAGUUUUUUCAUUUAAAAAUCCUGAUUCUUCACGUGGCUCUGGAGGUGGCACUCUGUGCUGGGCUGGGGACAAGCUGGGCAUUGAGCACAGCUUGGACUCAGUGGGCUGGGAGGGCUUUUCCAACCUCAGUGAUCCUGGGAUAUUAUGGGAUAUUACAGCAGGGAAGGAUACAGCCCCUAUCAGACAGCAAAUCCAUCCCUGCUGUGCCAUGGGGCUGGGGCUGAAACCCUCCUGGGACAGCCAGCAAAGAGUGCCUGUGGUUUUUUGGGAGGGUGCAGGAGCUCAGCCACCAAAGAGAUGCUCCCUGUGUGGGUGUGUGGUGAAUGGAAACACCUUUGGGAGUCCCAGCGUGGAGCAGGAGAGAAAACAGAAACUCCUCCCUGGUAGCUCCUGUCAGCAUCUGCUCUGUGUUGGCUUUAGAGAUACCUGCAGCUCCAGGGACAAGGACACCACAGUGUGAGGUGGGACACUUGGAUUAGUUGGGUGGAAUCAUUUUCUAAUUGCUUCUAGAAGUCUCUGAAGAAGCCAUUCUAAAUAUUAAGUUCUGUAGUUGGUUCUAGUCUUGUGGGUUCCUUCUGCUCAGGCUGUCCCAAGGCAGCAGGCAUCACACAAAAUCACUUUUCUCACUUCUCCCUCCCAUGACUUUGGGAAAGUCACACUGCAGGGAUGCUAGCAGUGAGUUUUUAAUUAGGAAAUAUUUCUGUGCCAGUAGGGCUCUUCCAGCUGCUCAGGGAAGUGCUGGAGUCCCCAUCCCUGCAGGGAUUUAAAAGAUUUGUAGAUGUGGCACUUGGGGCCAUGGGUUAGUGGAGGCUUUGGCAUUGCUGGGGGUGGUUGGACUGGAUGAUCUCAGAGGGAUUUUCCCACCUGAAUGAUUCCACAGUUCUGGGAUGCUCUAACUACGUGUGAAAUGGUGAUUAAAUGUACACAUUCUGAGGCAGACCCAAGUGGCAUCCUUAGCACUGCCAGUUCCAGGAGCAAUUUAUCAAUUGGUACGAUUAAUUCAGGACAAUUGGACAAUUAAUUGGGCAAUUAAUUCAGCACUGAACCUUCCAUGGGCAGUGGUCUGGCUGGUGUUUGCAGUGCACAGAGAAGAUGUGAGCAGCACAUAAAAUCCAUGUUGUCAUUGGCACUCUGGGACUGCAGUGCCAGCAAGGGAAGCCUGGCAGUGCCAAAUCUCGGGGUUCUCUUGCUGGGUCACCCCCCCAGAACAGCGAGUUUUGGCUGAAAUGGUCUCCUUGUGCUGGUGGUACCAGGUACUGGGGCUUAAGGAGUUUUCUGGAGAAUCCUGGAUGUUUUCUGAAGGUGGGAGAGCUGUGUAAGUGCUGGCAGUCACUUGGUGCACUCAACUUUCAUUCAGUGAGCCCUGGUGAUGGCAGCAAUGACAGAGACCAACAACAUCCAUGCAGUGAUGGAAGGGCCAGAAGGAGAUGAUGCCAAGUGCAAUUUCCAUCACAGAAUAUUCCUGGAACCCCAAGAGAAGAAAAGGGACAUGAAGGCUCUGCUGGUUAAGCAAGCAAAGAAAACUUGCAGCUGCACCCCAGCCAAAAUUAAAGAUUGUUUUUUGGGGUUUUUCCCCAUCUUACAGUGGCUUCCUAAAUACAAACUCAAGGAGUACCUCCUGGGGGACAUCAUGUCUGGUGUGAUCGUGGGGGUCCUGCUGGUGCCACAAUCCAUUGCCUACUCUCUCUUGGCAGGCCUGGAGCCCAUUUAUGGCCUUUACACUUCCUUUUUUUCCUGCAUCAUUUACUGCAUCUUCGGCACCUCCCGCCACAUCUCCGUCAGCAUCUUCGGGGUGGUUUGUCUGAUGCUGGGGCAGGUGGUGGACAGGGAGGUGGAAAGAGCUGGCUUGGACCUGGAUCCAGCUGUGCUCAGUGCCCUGCCAGGCCCAGCAGGGGACAGGAACAGCAGCAGGAACGGGACAGAGCUGCUGUGUGACAAAAGCUGCUACGCCAUGGCCGUGGCUGCCACCGUGACCUUCAUCUCUGGAGUUUACCAGGUGGCCAUGGGUUUCUUCCAGGUGGGCUUUGUCUCCGUGUACCUGUCGGAUUCUCUGCUCAGUGGCUUUGUCACAGGGGCCUCCAUCACUGUGCUGACCUCACAAGUCAAAUACCUUCUGGGCCUGGACAUCCCUCGCAGCGGGGGCAUCGGCUCCCUCGUCACCACCUGGAUAAACAUCUUCAGGAGCAUCCACAGGACCAACCUCUGCGACCUCAUCACCAGCUUCCUGUGCUUCCUGGUGCUCAUCCCGGCCAAAGAGCUGAACGAACGCUUCAAAUCCAAGCUCAAGGCUCCCAUCCCAGUGGAACUCUUCGUGGUUGUGGCAGCCACUCUGGCGUCUCACUUUGGGAAGCUGAGAGAGAAUUACGGCUCCAGCAUUUCCGGGCACAUCCCCACUGGGUUCCUGCCACCACGGCCUCCAGACUGGGCCCUGAUUCCCAACGUGGCGUUGGAUGCCAUCCCCAUUGCCAUCAUUGGCUUUGCCAUCACCGUGUCCCUCUCGGAGAUGUUCGCCAAGAAGCACGGCUACUCGGUGAGAGCCAACCAGGAGAUGUACGCCAUCGGCUUCUGCAACAUCAUCCCCUCCUUCUUCCACUGCUUCACCACCAGUGCUGCUCUUGCCAAGACCCUGGUCAAGGAGUCCACGGGCUGCAGGACCCAGAUGUCCGGCCUGGUGACCAGUUUGGUGAUCCUCUUAGUGCUCCUUGUGAUCGCGCCGUUGUUUUACUCCCUGCAGAAAUGCGUCCUCGCCGUCAUCACCAUCGUCAACCUCCGCGGGGCCCUGCGCAAGUUCAGGGACCUGCCCAAGAUGUGGCACCUGAGCAAGGUGGACACGGUGAUCUGGGGGGUCACCAUGGUGGCCACGGCGCUCAUCAGCACCGAGAUCGGGCUCCUGGUGGGGGUUUGCUUCUCCAUGCUCUGCGUCAUCUUCCGCACGCAGCGCCCCGAGGCGCCGCUGCUGGGCUGGGUGGCCGAAUCGGAGACCUACGAGUCCCUGUCUGCCUACAAAAACCUGCAAACCAAGCCCGGGGUGGUGGUGUUCCGAUUUGAAGCCCCCCUGUAUUACAUCAACAAGGAGUGCUUCAAAUCCAUCCUCUACAAACAAACUGGGGUCAACCCCGUGUGGGUGAAGGCGGCCAAGAAGAAAGCGGAGAAGAGGAUGCUCAAGGAGAAGGAGGAGGGGUCUGGGGACAAGCAGAGCGACAUCCCCACGGAUUUGGGGUUGGAAGCUGUGGGGUUUCACACCAUAGUGAUCGACUGCUGUGCCGUGCAGUUCCUGGACACGGCCGGCAUCCGCACGCUCCAGGAGGUCUGCAAGGACUACGGGGACAUCGAUGUCCACGUGCUGCUGGCCCAGUGCAACCCUUCUGUCAGGAGCUCCCUGCUCCGAGGGGACUUCUUCAAAGAAGGGGAGGAGCACCUGCUCUUCCACAGCGUGCACCAGGCCGUGGACUUCGCCCUGGGCACGCAGGGCCACGGUGCUUGCAAGAACUAGGUGGGAAAGAGAGGAGAUAGGAGCAAAGGCUGGGCAAACAGGGCUG